GACCCAACAUUUUCAUACGCAAAAGUUUGUCUUUUCGAGUGCAGAAGGUAGACUUCGUAUUUUGAUAGUGAAAUAUUUAAGUGUCGGUGUAAGUAUCUAGCGACAUAAUGCCUGAGGGAGCAUUACCUAAGAAGCAAAAAUGUGAAGAUCUGGCCGUGACAAAGUUUAGGGAGUACAUACGGAUCCGAUCUGUGCACCCUGAUCCCGACUAUGAUGGAGCUAUUUCCUUUCUCAGAAAUUAUGCAGAAGAGAUUGGUCUGCCAUUUCAGACAGUUGAGGUACAUCCUGGGCGCCUGGUGGCCAUCAUGACUUGGGAAGGACUGGACCCAUCCCUGCCUUCCAUAAUGCUCAACUCUCACACUGAUGUUGUCCCUGUUUUUACAGAACAUUGGAAAGUCGACCCGUUUGCCGCGGAGAAGAUGGAGAACGGUGACAUCUAUGGAAGAGGAACACAGGAUAUGAAGUGUAAUGCAAUAAUAUUCCUGGAGGCUGUUCGUCGAAUAAAGACAGAAGGGCAGAGAUUGAACAGGACAAUCCAUCUCACCUUUGUGCCAGAUGAAGAAAUUGGUGGUAUACUUGGCAUGGCAAAGUUUGUGGUACACGAAGAGUUCACCAAACUAAACGUUGGAUUUGCCUUUGAUGAAGGCUUAGCCAACCCUACUGAUGCCUUCACUGUUUUCUAUGGAGAGAGGGCUCCAUGGUGGGUCAGGGUCAAAUGUCCCGGGAAACCAGGUCAUGGGUCAAGGUUCAUUGAGGACACUGCUGCUGAGAAGUUUAGAAGAAUCAUUAACAGUUUCUUAGAUUUCCGGGCAAAAGAGGAGAAAAAAUUAAAUGGGAAUGCCUGCCUCAAGCUGGGAGAUGUGACAACAGUGAACCUCACCAACGUCCAGGGAGGUGUACAGUUCAACGUUGUUCCUAUGGAAAUGUAUGCAGGUUUUGACGUCAGGAUCGCACCGACUGUGGACCUCAACCACUUUGAAGACAAGAUAAAGAAUUGGUGUGCUGAGGCAGGGGACGAUGUUACAUAUGAGUUUCUCCAGAAAUGCAUGAUACAAGAAACUACACCAGUAGAUAAAUCUCAACCCUGGUGGAAAACGUUCAGCUCUGUCUGCGAGAACAUGGGUCUGAAACUAGAAACAGAGAUAUUCCCGGCAGCUACAGACAGCAGGUUUCUCAGAGAGAUUGGGAUCCCAGCAUUGGGAUUCUCUCCCAUGAACAACACGCCCAUUCUGCUACACGAUCACAAUGAGUUCCUAAAUGAAAACAUUUUCCUGAAGGGCAUUGAUAUUUAUGCUGCGAUCAUACCACCGAUGGCAAAUUUGUCGAUUUAAAAAAUCUAAAAAUAUAUGACUUUACAACAAUUUGUUAUGCAAUGAAAAAUGAUCAUGAAAUACCAUGAUUUUAGCAUUUUAUUCUUGUUAAAAGGUUCUGAUUUCAAAAUGUGUGCUAUGACAUAAAAAAAAAAAAAAUGGAAAUUGACAAACAUUACCAUUAAGUUAUCUGGCAGUAUGCUUUGAUAAGCUUUUGAAACUUGCAUACUUAUUCAAAACAGUUUAACUACUAAUGAAACAUAGGACUGUAUUUACUGUGUGUGAAAUUACAUUUCUGUGUUAUACAAUUGAUAGGUGCCUUUUAUAAUGUGUAGCCUCAACAGCUGGUUUGACAGGAAAAUGGUGAACAACUUUUGGAAUGAUUUUUUUUCUCAAUUAAAUUUUCGUUUUGAAAUAUUUUAGAUUGCAAGAUCUCGUUCUUGUGAGCAUUAAAAAAAAUAGUUUACAAAAAAUAUUAAUUUACAUUUCUUCUUGUUAAGCAUUAAACAAUAUAUAUAACAUACAGAGAGUAUUUUUAUACAACGAUACAUUUUAAAAAUCGAUCUUGACAAGUUGUAACACAACAUAGUUUGUUUGCUUGGUACGGGACUGAUAUACUUUACAAAUCAAGGGUCCUCAGGUUUUACCUUCUCUGAAUGGGUUUAGUCAUUUAACUCUUUUAAUAUAUAUUCAUAAACAUGUAUAUUCAAACCUUACUUUUUACCUAAUGCUAAUCAAAUGAGCUGUAUCACAUGAUGGGUGAUAAUUGUUCAACUUAAAUACAUGUUCUAUUUGUUUAUAGCAAAAUAUUGGCAAAAAAGGUUAAACCUCAAUUAUUUACCUGAUGUUGUGUGAAAUUUUAUUCCCAAAUUGCUCCAAACUUCUUUAUAUUUGUAUGAGUACAUAAUAAGUUCAUGUGCAAGAUAUAAUGAAGUAUUUAAAAAAAGAUACAAUAAACUAUGUCAGUUUGAUGUAAAUUUCCUAUGCAAAGUAUAUUUAAUAUUUUCUCCAUGGAUCACAAUAAUUGUAGUUUUAUACAUGGUUUAUUUUAAAUCGGACAUUGGCCUCAACUUUAUUGGUUUUACUUUAUGGCAGUGUUACUGUUCUGAUUAUGUAUCGCCAUUCUAUAUUUUGAGAUAUGAUUAUGAUUUAAGAACAAUCUCAGAAUGAUGAGCAAACACUACAUACAAUUCACCUUGUGCCAUGUACUCCAAUCCACAGUAGGUUUUGUACCAACAAGUCUUUUUUCUUUGUUCCUUUGAAAUAAAUUUGAUGGUGUUUAAUUCACCCCAUUAUAGAUUUAAAAUGCAGAAUUAACUUUUUAGAUAAUUUUUCCUCAUGUUUAAUUUGUCCUGUUAUUUAUUUGUGAAACGGACUAAGAUUAACAUCAGAGAAUUUCUUUUUCUCUUUACAGUAGUCCAUUUCUGUUAUAGAUUGAAAAGAAAAAAAUCUGCUUAAAUAUGGAAAAGGGUGAAAUAAUAGUCAAUGAAAACUUAAACUAUGGGCUAUAUGAAUCUUGUGUGUUGGGGGUCAUGUUACCUACUUUUAUUAAAAUAAAUCAAAAGGACCUGUGUUUAACAUUUCUCUGUUAACUCAUUCACCCCUGAAGACACAUUUGAACUCUUCCAAUCCAAUGAUUGGAAUAGUCCUUUACAAAAUUUUAAGGGGUGAAUGAGUUAAGGAUCUCUAUGCUACUACCAAAGUCUGUAACUGAACAUUGGUUUUUUUCCAGAAUGGCUUUGAUAAAACAUUUCUGAAAAGAAAACCAUACCUUGCAUGAGUUUUUUGAAAAUUUGAUAAUAUUUAAAUCAUCAAAAUAUAAUCAACAAUCGUGUUCUGAGUAUAAAAAAUUAGCAUGGCCAGGUCGUGAUUCGAACCCUGGACUUGUUUUACUAUCUCUGUAACAACUGAACUACCCGGUUAAUCAAAGUGCCCUGGCCAACUGUGCUACAGUAAAGGGAGGUCACUGUAAACCACUCUAGUGGGACAGAGAUCCUUAAUAAUAUUGUCAAGCUGGUAUAAUCAGUAUUUUCUUAAUCUGCUACAUAUUCUAGAUUUUUCUAUGACUAAUCUUAAUCGUUUUGUUCCUUUUAUGAUAAUUCUCAUUUCAAAUAAACAGAAUUCCCAAUU